AUGUCUUCUGGCGCUCCGUUACUCGUGAAGCCGACCGAGCUUGCUGAGCUCAAGAAGUCUGGAGUGGCAAUCCUGGACGCCAGUUGGCAUAUGCCUGCCUCCCCCCGCAAAGCCAAAGAUGAAUUUCUGUUAAAGCGUAUUCCAGGUGCCCAAUUUUUGGACCUCGAUGAGGUGGCUAGCCCAAACGAGCUGGGACUUAAACAUAUGAUGCCCUCGAGUCGCCAAUUCGCUGAUGCAUGUGAAUACUGGGGCAUAGAGCCCGACACUCACGUUGUUAUAUAUGAUGCUGUCGGCGUGUUCUCAUCUCCACGGGCGCUGUUCAUGUUCAGAGCCUUCGGGCAUGGGAAGUCCAGUAUCCUUGACGGUGGCUUGCCUCGUUGGGAAGUGGAAGGAUACCCGGUGGAGACUGGUCCUCCCUUGACAGCCGUGAAAAAGACGACCUAUCCAGAGCCUCACUUGGAUGCAAAUGUCAUCAGAAGCUACAAACAGGUGGUGUAUAAUGCAAGUCUUAAUCCCGCAGACCCUAUCUCGGAACUCGUCCUGGACGCGCGAUCUAGAGGACGGUGGCUAGGCUCCGACCCUGAGCCCCGCCCGGGUCUCCCAUCGGGCCACAUACCUCACUCGUUUUCUCUGCCCUUCAACACGUUCCUGCAGACGAACAAAGUUCCAGGGUCCGAUGCGACGUACACUAUGCUUCUGCCGCCUCAAGAGCUUCGUGAGAAGCUCGUUGGUGCAGUCGGACCCGAGAACGCUGAAAAGAUACUGAAAGGAGAGCGUUCGGCUGUAACGAGUUGUGGUAGCGGUAUGACUGCUGGCGUCCUUUGGCUAGGACUCAAGCUACUCGGUGCGUCCAAGGUGGGGUUGUACGACGAGUCUUGGACCGGCUACGCUGUUCGUGAAUCUAGCGUCAUAGAUAAGGGCGAGAAGUAG